CGCCGCGGCCUGAUUUUUCAAGAUGGUGUCCUGUCUUGUGUGAGCGAACGUGUGUGUGCGACGGCCAGUGCAAAAUUUUUCAGUGCUUGUGGCUCCGAGGAUGACUCGUGCGGACGUUCCAAAUUACCCGCUGCAUCGCAUCCAUGUGGGACUUGAAACCUUCGUCUAAGAUUCGGGUGACCAGCGAAAGGGGCCACCAGUGAACGGCAAUGGCGUCGUCAGCAGCGGCGCCCCCAGGCUCUCCCGAGGGUGGCGGUGUGCUACCCACCCGGCGCCAUCCGCUGGCCGGGGGCCGCUUCUCCCUGCGACGCUUGCUCGGUUCUUCGUCGUCCUUUCUCAAUCGCCGCAACUUUGGCCGCUCCUGUAGCUCCCCGCACGAUGCUGAACAGGCCGUCCGGCCUCCACAGCGAAUGCCACCACAGCACAGGGAUGCUCGUAGGAACAGCAGCGGCAGCGGUGGGGCGGCAUCUCGGCUGGGCGCCGCCGAGCGCCAGGGCAGCUCUGACACGGACUCCCUGUGGAGCUGUGGUGGUGGCCUGCUCGAGUGCCCACUAUGCCUGUUGGAGGCACCGGCUGAGGCAUUCCCGCGUCUGGCGUCGUGUGCGCAUCGAGCGUGCGCCGACUGCCUGCGCCAGUACCUGCGCGUGGAGAUCUCCGAGAGCCGGGUGAACAUCGCGUGCCCUGCCUGCUCGGAGCCCAUGCACCCGAGCGACAUCCGGCGCCUGCUGCAGGACGAGCUCAUGGUGGCCAAGUACGAGAGCUUCAUGCUGCGCCGUGUCCUCGUCACUGAGCCAGAUGCCCGGUGGUGCCCCGCUCCGGACUGUGGCUACGUGGUGAUAGCGAGCGGCUGUGCCAGCUGCCCCAAGCUGCGCUGUGAGCGUCCCGGUUGCAGCACGGCUUUCUGCUACCACUGCAAACAGGAGUGGCACCCCAACCAGACGUGUGACGCUGCCCGAGCACAGCGUGCCUCCAGGCCCGCCGCCCAGUCCGGCGUGGCCCUGGCGUUCCCGCACGAUGAGGGUCUGCAGCGCGACGACAUCAAGCACUGCCCCUGCUGCAAGGUGUUCAUCAUCAAGAUGGACGACGGGUCGUGCAACCACAUGACGUGCCGCCUGUGUGGCACCGAGUUCUGUUGGCUGUGCAUGAAGGAGGUGUCGGACCUGCACUACCUGAGCCCCUCGGGCUGCACCUUCUGGGGCAAGAAGCCCUGGAGCCGCAAGAAGAAGAUCCUCUGGCAGCUGGGCAUGCUCGUCGGUGCCCCCGUCGGCAUCGCCCUCAUCGCAGGCAUCGCCGUGCCCGCCAUAGUCAUCGGCAUUCCUGUCUGGGUCGGACGAAAGCUUCACUCCAAGUACGACCUGCGCACCACGAGCCGCCUGAAGCGCAACUUUGUGGUGACAAGUGGCGUGGUGGCCUCGUUCCUCGUGUCGCCGAUCAUUGCAGGCAUUGCCGUCGGCAUUGGGGUCCCAAUCCUGUUGGCCUACAUCUACGGAGUGGUGCCGGUGUCCCUCUGCCGUUCCGGUGGCUGCGGUGUCACGACUUCAGCGUCGGGAGUCCGCAUCGAGUUCGACGAGGAAGGCGACGGCAUAGGCGGGGUCGGCGGCGGCAGCGGGUCUGUCGGGGUCGCGGCCGAUGGCGCGAGCGUGGACACGGCUGGAGGCAUCGCGCCGGCCAGCAUUGGCGAGGCGGCCUCCCUGGGGAUGUCCGGCGGCAGCCCCAGCCUCGGUUCGCACCUGGACACAGUGGCGGGCGCAUCCAACACGGCCAUCGCUGGCCACUCGCUCACAGGGAGCAUCGCCUCGGCCAGCGCCCAUUCACACCGGCUGGAGGUCCAGGCAGAGGUGUCGUCCAACAAGCGCUUCAGCCUGAGCAGCCACAGUGAGACGGCCUCUGCCACGGUCAGCCUCAGCGAGCGCUCGGCCAACAUGUCUGGCAUGGCAGACGACGCGGCAAGCACCCGUGCCCUUGCGGGUUCCAUUGUUGGAUACAGGGAAGGCACGCUGGCGGCGCCCGUGGAGGUGCACGUGGACCCCUCGGAAGAGCCCGACUACUGUCGCCAGUGCCGCAUCACCCACCGCCCCUGCUGCCCCAACGCCCUGGCAUCCACUGCGCAGCAGCAGUCGUCACCGCACUGCGAAUGCCUCGACACUGCCAGUGUCACCAAAGUGCAGAUUGAGUGAGGGAGGGGAGCAGACCACAAACCCAAUUUGUCCCUUGCCACGGAGUCGCAACCCUUCACUGGCACAUGCGGUCAUGGACAAUGUGCCAACACGACGACUCUCUCGCCCACCUAGCCACUUUUGAAGUGCGACGAGUCUUGGAGUGGGCCAAAAUCAACGAAGCUGUCGGUCGACCCCCGCUGCUGGUGCACGAUUGCUCUUCCUAACAAGUGGAGCCUUUAGAAUUCGCAUUUGUGCGUGUCGCUUGCGUGGCAUUAGCCGGACGGAAGGCUUGUGGUUAACGUAUGGAACACUUUCCACUCUAAUUGGAUGGGAGCAUAGUGUGUUUUGGGACAAAGUUGGGCACUUCUACCUGACCCAUUACACCCCAGAGGCACACUGUGGAUCGCAGGAUCUGCUGCGUUCCACUCUACUCGAAAAAGAGCAUGCAACAGUGUGCGGGCUAUGCGGAAUGUGACUCAACUGCUGCAGUUGCAUCCAGUUCGGCUGUCUGUCUGAACAACACCUUGUGCCGCUUGAGAACAAAAGUGGAAUUGCAAACUUUUCCGGAUGGACAUAACUGUUGACUGUUUGAAUUUCUGUGGCAACAAAAGCUGCAGAGGUAGAGUUGACGGCGCAGCAGUGUGUCGUUCUCCGUGCUGGCAGCUGACACAAACUGUCGUCACGGAUGCCUAGUCUCUUCGACCUUGAUUAAGCAUUGUCAUAGCCCGAGGACUAUGGAAACACGAGCAGUUCUGUUGUCGUGCGCUCUCUCUCAAGCAUCGCAGUGCUGAAAAUGGAAGAAAGUGAGAGAAGCGAAGGCUGUCACUGCUAAGGCCGAUGAGCAAGACCUUACAGGAAUGACUUGUGCAGGAACAACUCACUCGUGUUAACCUACCCACUUAGGCAAACAGCAGGCAAGUCCUUCAAUUGGUGCUAAAAUUGCAUUCAACCCCACAUGCGCCUGUGUUACAACCGAAAGUGCGGCGGAGGAAAGCUGAGCUGUGUGGAAAGCACCAAUGCUGCCAGUGUUGAACAACAGAUGGACCACAUUUUUUGGUGUGCGUGAAGGUAUGCCGCCUGUUGUGGCAGUUUUUAGAUGUUCCCUCGCUUGGCUUGGUCAUCUUCUCUUCGCGGCUUUAGCUGUUCAUCGAAGAAAGCUGUGCCAAGGUGUACGCACUUACACGUCUGACAGUCACCGCGACGAUCGCGAGCUUUGUUCCACAACCACCUGGUGUCGUUCAGUGUCAAAAUGGGUCGAGAGCUUCUGCUGCACGUCAGCUGUGGCAGAUGACUUUGUGAGACAGUCACUGACGUGCGUAGACCGUGUUUGCAGACAGUCCUCCGACCUGAGUGGAACCUCUGCCUGUCGAUUUUCUCGGUGUCAUCACAUUUGCCGAGGCACAAGCGAGAGUGCAGAAAAAAAAUAUAUAUUUGCCGUUCACGGCUAUUAGUCAUGAAUGUGUUCUGGACGUAGUGCUGUCACCCAACAUAAAAAUUUGUCGGAAACUUUUAACAGAUGUGUAUUCAAGCGUGUCGACGUGAGGUGUAGUGCGUGCGCCACAGUCGUCGCCUCCUGUUGCUGGCCACUGUGUGUGUUGUGUGUAUUUUAUCACGGGAAAAGUGUUUCUUGUUCAUUGCAGUGUACUAUGCGUAGCUUUCCCUUAUUUUUCUUUCUUGGCUAAGGAGAAGAAAAAAAAAAAGAUGUUCUGGGUGCAAAAGAUGCCGGUUGUUUUGUACAGUGUAUAAAAAAAUUUGUUGGUUGUUCGGUGCUUCCAGUGUUUGCGUAAUCAUGGCAGCCAAACUGACUUUGUUGCAGCCAAUUUUGUUCUCUUCUGCAAUAGGCACGCGUUGAUACUCGGCCAACACUUGUCUGUGUAUUGCUGGCUUGUGUGCGACAGCGGUGGUCUCCUCUUUUAUUCUUCUUGCAUUGUCUAAUGCUUCUUCCUCUCCUCUAACGUAUUUCUUUCUUCUCUCGCUCUCUUGGGUGAUAAGUGUCUCUUGCCAUCAUUCUCUGGCCAGUUUUUUCUGGCCCAACUUUCUUGUCAUUAUAUUUCAUGUUCUCUCUUCCAUUGGUUCCCAGUUCCUUGCACAUAAUUUAAUGAUUCUCUCCAAGGGAAGGAGAGUCUGGGCUGUAGCCUAUCCAUAGGUAACCAGUCUUGAGUGAUGUCUAGUUGUGUGCUGCUUGUGCUCAAGUGCUCAACGCGUUCGUGUUUUGCCGCCGCUGCAGUUUCGCGUGUGCGACUGUGGUGGCGAGCCCACGGCCCGUAAUGGACGUUUGCCAAUGCCCACACUGUAGCGCUAAAGACGAAACUGUGCUCACUAUACGAGUCGCAUUGUGCGUUGCAGAUGCUUAUCCCGCAUUUGGCCGUUGUGGAGUGGCUAGUUAUUUUCUGCCACUUUGGUGUCCUAUUACGCUUGCUCUAGAUUGCCCUUCUUGCUUGGGUCGUUGAGUAGGUAGUUCGUUGGAGGACCCUCUGUGCCGUAAAGUGCCAUAAGUUUGCCGCUUUUAACCUCACAACUUGUCAGAUCACGUUCAGGGAGCUUGGCAUGCUUUUGUGAAGUCGCUCGGGAUGACUCUUAUUUUGCGAUGUUAACGAAUUGGCGUGCUAGCAGUACGACAGCUGUUACUUGGAAGCACGCUCGUUGCUUUUUCUGAAUGUUCAGCUUGAACUGUUAGCAGUCCCACAAUGAGGCAAUUGUACGGUAAAUUUUGUUUCGUGCAAGUGGCACGAGGCAGACGGUUCGAACCAACACUUGAUGGAACUUCUUGCAUCCAUAAUUGCUUAUAUGCUUUAGUUCGCUGCUUUUAAUUUCUUUUCUCAAACUGGGCAUUGAAGACGUUGCUUUGAAUGCUUUCAUUUCUGGCCAGGGUUGGUCAUUUGCACACUCCACUGACAUCUCUUUUCUGUCAUGUUCGUGUCACUGAGUAAUUUGUCAUGCAUGUCGUUCGCUUCAGGUGUUUCAUGUUGCAGCCAGGUGAAAGGCGUACAUUUAGGUCGUUUUCACAUGUUUUUGCCGAACAAUUUCGCCAAAUUCCCGCUCGUCGCAUUUGCUCUUCACCGCCACGGCAACAGUUGUCACGCCACAGUGCUGCACGUGGUGGUUGUGGGGCUUGCAGUACCAGUGGCAUUGGUUAAGGCCGGUAUGGCUUUGAGCAUGUUAGCUGAAGGUUAGGCUGGCGUGCCAUGGUUCACUGGUACUUUGGUGGCCGAGGGCUCGGUUAAUGUACUGUCAAGAUGGAAUAUUUAUGGCUUGUGGGUUUCAUGAUAGGGCUGCAUUUCUGCACAAUUCAUUUCCACACCUAUUUAAAAAUUACCUGUUAAAUAUGGUGUUGCAUGGGCUGUAAUCGCACGCCUGGGAUAGUAAGGUUGAAUUAUAAGCUGCUUACCUCAGUGGCAGAAAGCUUGCGCCUUGUAAAACUUUCUCACCUGUAAUGUGCGCCACGACCUGAGAGCUCUUUGCCAGGAGCUUUCGGGUCGCGGCGCACAUUGCCAGUAACGAAUGUCGCUCCUGCAGCAAUACCUUGGGGAUCUGCAGGACCUCCAACUGCUUGAAUUGAUGACAUUCGUUAGGUGUGCGUUUGCCUAGGUAUUCUCGGCCAAGAGAGUAUGUUUGCUCUCUUCUCACGAUUAAAUCGGAACUGGCGAAUUUCUCGCUUGCAUAGUGUUCAACUGACAAAAAUGAACAGAACGAACUAAAUGAUUAAUGAGCAUUGUCCACGUAUGUUUGUCUUUCAAUCGUACCGUAUGGCCCUGGGUGAAGCCUCGAGUUUGGGUGUGGCAACUUGUGCACUCUUGGUGGCUGUGGACUUUGCCCAGAAGCACUUGUGCAUUGUGGUACAUCGAGACCAUGAACUGCCCUGGCCGGGGAUGGGAGCCAUGCCCUCGUGGAGGCUGCGAGACCAGUGACGGCCAGCGUGCGAAGGGUGUAUGGAUAUAUCUGUUGUAUAAUCUGAUCUUGUUUGUAUUCUUGUACAGCCGUGGCUUAUGUGGAACAUGUAUACUAGAGGGAAGACAACUGCCAAUCUACUGUGACCCCCCCCCCUUUUGAUGACCGUAUGGUGUGUCGGGAGAGAAGCGGGGGUGGGGGUCAUGUUGAUGUACAAAGCUGUUUACCCGCAGGCGCUGUGGUGUGCGUGCGUGUACACUCUGUAUGUGUGUGUAUUUAUAAUUGAAAUUAAACGAAUAAAGUUGCUAUUUCCACGGA